AAUCUGGGAUCUUUUUCCUUUUUUUUGUUUCAGGCUGGAUUGGCCAAGUUGAUUGGCCUUGCAGGAGAGACCAAUGUCCAGGGUGAAGAACAGAAGAAGCUGGAUGUGUUGUCGAACGAUGUUUUCGUCAAGGCGCUUAGCAGCAGUGGAAGAACUCUGGAGGAGGCGAUCUUUGUGGAGGCAUCUCACCGUGGCAAAUACUGUGUGGUCUUUGAUCCUCUGGAUGGCUCGUCUAACAUCGACUGUGGUGUUUCGAUUGGAACUAUUUUUGGGAUUUUUCUACUGGAUCAUGACAACGCAGGCAGCAACGAUGAUGUUCUCAAGCCUGGCAGUGAAAUGGUCGCGGCUGGGUAUUGCAUGUACGGUAGCUCAUGCACGCUCGUGUUUUCUACUGGAUCGGGCGUGAAUGGGUUUACUCUAGAUCCAUCCCUGGGAGAAUUUAUAUUGACACAUCCUGACAUUAAGAUACCAAAGAAGGGAAAAAUUUAUUCCGUGAAUGAGGGCAAUGCAAAGAACUGGGACGAGCCCACUAGAUUAUAUGUGGAGAAUGCAAAGUUCCCCAAAGAUGACUCGUCACCAAAGUCGCUCAGAUACAUUGGCAGUAUGGUAGCUGAUGUCCAUCGCACACUUUUGUACGGUGGAAUUUUCAUGUACCCAGCUGACAAAAAGAGCCCCUUUGGAAAAUUACGAGUUCUCUAUGAGGUGUUUCCAAUGUCCUAUCUAGUUGAGCAAGCCGGGGGUCAAGCUUUCACAGGAAAAGAGCGGGCACUCGAUCUAGUCCCCAAGCACCUCCACGAGAGGUCUCCAAUUUUCUUGGGGAGCUACGACGACGUAGAGGAGAUAAAAAAGCUGUACAGUGCAACCAUCGCUUAAACUAUUGAUUCAAUCUCAAGCGAAGUGAAAACAAUAAACCUGUGGUGGAAAAAAUUCUCUUCAA